GCAAAGAAGAAGUAAUAGAAUUCAGAAACCAAAACCCAAAAAAAAAAAAAAAAAAAACACUUUCUUUUUUUGAAAUCAGUGUUUUCCAAAAACAAAGAAAACAUUUUUCUUCUCUCUCUAUAUCUUUGUGGGGGGAGAGGGUUUAAAGCUUCUUACCUUUUUACAAGUGCUUGUGAGUUUGAAGUUUGAACCGAGGGAAAAAAUGAAAUGCCAACUGUUGCUUAAGACUGAGAAAACCAAAGUCUUGUUUUUGUUUUUGCUGUUGUCUCUGUUUUGUCACUCUGUUUUGGUUUCUGGGAAAGUGUUUUCCGAGAAAUCAAUUCUGCUGGAAUUCAAGAACUCUGCUUCUGACCCAUCUGGGAUUCUCUCAAGCUGGAACUCCACCAACAACCCAGAUCACUGUUCAUGGUUUGGAGUCUCAUGUGACUCAAAUUCAAGGGUAUUUUCUCUCAAUAUCACUGGCAGAGGUAACUGUUCUGAACCACUUUCUUGCUCUGAGUUUUCUGGAAUUUUUCCAUAUUUAGAUGGGAUUAGAAGAACUAGAAGAACUUCUUGUUGUUGUUGUUCAAGUGGGGGUAGUGGAAAACUAGUGGGAAAGUUAUCACCUUUGGUUGGGAAACUCACUGAACUUAGAGUUUUAUCACUGCCUUGUAAUGGUCUUAGUGGUGACAUUCCUGUUGAAAUUUGGGGUUUAGAGAAGUUAGAGGUGGUUGACCUUGAAGAUAACUUGUUGACUGGAACUUUGCCUGCGGGGUUUCUGGGUUUGAGAAAUUUGAGGGUUUUGAAUCUUGGGUUUAAUAGAAUUGAGGGUGAGAUUCCUAUUUCAUUUUCCAAGUGUGUGAAUUUGGAGGUCUUGAAUUUAGCUGGUAAUAGAUUGAAUGGGUCCAUUCCUGGAUUUUUGGGUAGUUUUAUGAAGUUGAAGGAAUUUUAUCUGUCUCAAAAUAAGUUAACUGGGGCUUUUGAGGAAGUGUUUAGAGAUAAUAAUGGUUGUAGUAGUAUUGAACAUCUUGAUGUGUCAGGGAACUUCCUAGUUGGUCAGAUUCCGCGUAGUUUGGGGAAAUGUUGGCGGUUACGGACACUUUUGUUGUUUUCUAAUAUGUUUGGUGAUGUCAUUCCUAGUGAGCUUGGUCGGCUUCGGAUGCUUGAAACUCUAGAUGUUUCUAGAAACAGCCUUAGCGGUCCAAUUCCUGCUGAGCUUGGACAUUGUGUCAAUUUGUCAGUUCUUGUCCUCUCGAAUCUUUUUGAUCCACCCCAAACCAACAGGAAUUCGAGUGGAGAUUCAUUGAAUGCUGCCCCAAAUGAGUACAAUUAUUUCGAAGGCUCCAUUCCUAUGGAAAUCACAACCCUUCCAAAGUUGAGAAUAGUUUGGGCGCCAAGGGCAAAUCUGGAAGGGAAGCUUCCAAGCAACUGGGGUAGUUGUGAGAACUUGGAAAUGUUGAACUUAGCUCAGAACCUUUUCAGUGGAGGGAUCACCAGUGUAUUUGAGAGAUGCAAGAAGCUGCAUUUUCUUGAUUUAAGCUCAAAUAAGCUUACUGGAGAGCUUGAUAAUAAAUUUCCAGUUCCUUGUAUGACAUUUUUUGACAUUAGUGGGAACCUCAUGUCAGGGCCCAUCCCAAAAUUUAAUUACAGCAUGUGUUCCUGUUUGCCCUCAUUGAUUGUUGGAGUUGACAGCACUGCAUUUGCUUAUUUGUCAUUCUUUACUUGUAAAACCCGUCUUACAGCUCCUUUUCCAUUUUCUGGUGCUAGACUUGUGAUUCAUAAUUUUGGUGGGAACAACUUCACUGGUCCAAUGCAAUGGCUUCCGAUUGCAGCAGAGAGAUUGGGCAAGCAGACUGAUUAUGCAUUUCUUGCUGGUGGAAACAAGCUUGAUGGAUUAUUUCCUGGAAGUCUAUUUGGAAAAUGUAAUGGCUUAAACGGAAUGAUUGUUAAUGUUAGCAAUAACAAAUUUUCUGGUAAUAUUCCUUUGAAGAUUGGUCCAAUGUGCAGAUCUCUUCAAUUCUUGGAUGCCUCGAAGAAUCAAAUCUCUGGAUCAAUACCGCAAAGUAUUGGGGAUUCGAGAUCUCUUGUUGUUCUUGACUUGAGUGGGAACAAAUUGCAUGGUCAGAUUACAGCUGGUGUUAGUCAUCUGAAGCAUCUUAAGCAUCUUUCCCUGGCUGGUAACAACCUGACGGGCACCAUCCCAUCUAGCUUUGCAAGGUUGCGCUCCCUUGAAGUGUUAGAACUUUCGUCAAACUCUCUUUCUGGUGAAAUUCCAAAAAGCAUUGCGAACUUGAGAAAUUUAAAUGUUCUUCUGAUCAACAAUAAUAAAAUCUCUGGGCAGAUACCCUCCAGUUUGGCUAGUGUGAAAUCUCUGUCAACUUUUAAUGCAUCCUUUAAUAACCUGUCUGGGCCAUUUCCGCAUAACCUUAAUGUGAUGAAUUGUAGUGGGCUCAUUGGAAACCCUUUCCUUUCCUCCUGCCCUAUAGCCUCCUUAAUGGCAUCAUCUCCAGCUAAGGCAGAUAGCAAUGGGGAUUCCCAAGCUAAUCCAGGAUCAGCUACUUUUAGCCCAAUCGAGAUUGCUUCCAUAACAUCUGCUUCAGUCAUUGUCUUUGUUCUUCUAGCUCUAAUUGUCCUUUUCUUUUACACAAGAAAAUGGGUACCAAACUCCAGGGUCCAGGUUGAAUCUAGAGCAAUUGAAGUUUUCACUGACAUUGGGGUUCCGUUGACAUUUGAGAAUAUUGUUCAAGCAACAGGAAAUUUCAGUAAUAGCAAUAGCAUUGGCUGUGGAGGUUUUGGGGGCACUUACAAGGCUGAAAUUUCUCCAGGAAUCAUAUUGGCUGUAAAGAGGCUUGCUGUCGGAAGGUUCCAAGGUGUUCAACAGCUCUGUGCUGAGGUAAAUACUCUUGGGAGGUUGAGACACCCUAAUCUCGUAACUUUAAUAGGUUUCCAUGCAAGUGAAACAGAGAUGUUCCUCAUAUACAAUUAUCUGCCUGGAGGUAAUUUGGAAAAUUUUAUUAAGGAAAGAGUCAGAAGAGCUGUUGAAUGGAAGAUUCUUCACAAGAUUGCUCUGGAUAUAGCCCGUGCACUUGCUUAUCUGCAUGACGAGAAGCAUGAGGAAAGUGUUCCGCGUGUCGUACACCGUGAUGUCAAGCCGAGUAAUAUAUUGUUGGAUAAUGACUUCAAUGCUUAUUUGUCUGACUUUGGUUUAUCUAGGCUUUUGGGAACUUCUGAAACCCAUGCAACAACUGGUGUAGCAGGAACAUUUGGGUAUGUAGCGCCUGAGUAUGCUAUGACCUGUCGUGUGUCUGAGAAGGCUGAUGUUUACAGCUAUGGUGUCGUGCUGCUUGAAUUGUUAUCAGAUAAGAAAGCCUUGGAUCCAUCAUUUUCUUCACAUGGAAAUGGUUUCAAUAUUGUUUCUUGGGCAUGCAUGCUGUUACGAAUGGAUCAAACUAAGGAGUUCUUCACAGCUGGGCUAUGGGAUGCAGGUCCCCAUGAUGAUCUGGUGAGCACUUUGCACUUGGCUGUGACAUGUACUGGUGAGUCCCUCUCUGACAGGCCUACCAUGAAGCAAGUUGUACAUAGGUUGAAACAACUUCAGCCUUCAUCAUGCUAGAUAGAUUUAGGCUUCUGGAAUUAUUCACCAGAGUUUAGAAAGUAUAGCAGUAUAGAAGGCAUGAUACAGUUGUUUUACCCAGUUCCAUUUUGGAGCAUCUCUCAGAUUUGAUUCUAAGGUGGUGGUUUUAGUUUCCUUACAAUAGGUUAUAGUCUGCAGAAGAAAGACAUUGGCUGAGAAAUAUUCAGAUUUGAUUGUAUUUCAAUACAUGUAUCUCAGUUCAUUUUUCAUUGAAAUUUAAACCAAACAGAAUUGGUAGUUGUUGAUCA